AUGUGGUUUCCUCUGCUGCUAGUUGUAUUGGGUCUAAUCCUCCUGUACAGGUGGCACAGACAAAGCCAAAUAUUAGAGAAUCUCUCUGAUAAAUGUGUGCUAAUCACUGGAUGUGAUUCUGGAUUUGGGAACCUCCUGGCGAAGCAACUGGACCGUCGUGGGAUGUGGGUGCUGGCAGCUUGUCUGACAGAGAAAGGGGCUGAGGAUCUGAAGAAGGAGACAUCCAGCAGACUGCAGACUGUAAUCCUGGAUGUCACAGAUAGUCAGAGUGUCAGCUUUGCUGCCAAGUGGGUCACAAACAUUGCAGGAGAUGCAGGACUAUGGGGUUUAGUAAAUAAUGCUGGGUAUGGACAUGCACUUUCUCCCAAUGAAUGGCAAACAAAGGAAGACUUUGCUAAAGUGCUAAAUAUAAAUCUGCUGGGUAUGAUUGAUGUGACUCUGAAUUUGCUGCCUCUAAUCAGAAAAGUUCGAGGACGUAUUGUGAAUGUUUCCAGUGCUGCUGGGAGAAUAUCUAUACUUGGUGGCGGAUACUGCAUCUCAAAAUAUGGCGUGCAAGCAUUCUCUGACAGCCUGCGAAGGGAGAUGCGUGACUUUGGGGUCAAAGUUUCCAUCAUAGAGCCUGGUGUAUUCAGAACUCCAAUGUGUAUGAUUGAUCCAGUGAUCAAGAACCUGAAAAGUUAUUGGGACAAAGUUCCUGCGGAGAUAAAGGAGUCAUAUGGAGAGCAGUAUUUCCAGCAAUAUGCUGAGAGCUUCAACACACUCAUAAAUAUUUCCAGUCCUAAACUGAACAGAGUCACAGACUGCAUGGAACACGCUCUGACUGCCGUCUACCCCUGGACCCGAUACUCUUCUGGUUGGGACUGCAAACUCUACUUCCUCCCUGUUUCUUACCUUCCCACAGUCCUAUCUGACUAUUUAUUAUGCUGGUCGGCACCCAAACCAGCUCAACAAGCAAACAAGCCAUGA